AUGAUGGGCAUUUAUGGGGUGCUCCGUACUCCGUACCGUGUACUCCUUUUCCGUUCUGUGUGCUGGCUGAGCGAUACAAGCAUUCACAGACCAUCGGUGAUGAUCCGCGUCUUUGUGGAGAUAGCGUCCUUGUGGAGAUAUGUACGGAGUAAAAGGCGGACGAGAAUCCUUUGGCCCCCGAUGGUCCCCGAGAAUGUCCAGAAGGGCAUCUGA